GUAGGACGCGGCGUCUCCGCCUGCACCCGAGCGCGUCCAGUCGCGUCCCGAGCGCGAGAACCCGCGGGAAUGUCGCGGUCGCCGUCGCGGGCUCCCGUGAAAAUAAUUCGCCGAUCGAGAUCGACGGCUCCCGAGGGAGGGGCGAGCAAACGCCGGGAGAUAUCGGAAAUACAUAUCGAAGUGCGCGGAAUGUAAAAAAAGCGGGGACCAUCGCCUGUACGCGAUAAGAGGAACCUAGAGGACCCACCCUGACCGACCCCAUAGGAAAGGGGAGAAGGACCGGCCGGCUUUUGACGAAGUCCAUCUCCGAUUGGUCCGCAUUAGGGGUGCCCUGUGACCUGGGGGCCGAGGGACCGCCCGGACGGACGGACUCCGAGGAGUAGAGCGUGGAAGCGGCGAACCUGAGAGGGAAAGGGAGGGGCGUUUUUUCAGAAAAGGAGAGUUUGGCCGAGUACCUAUGCAAGGGUGCCGAAAGGGGCCCCGAGGAGUCCCGGGACUCCCUCGGGAGUCGCCCCGGUGAUGGCGGCCCGGAAGCGGUUCGCCGGUUUCGCAGCGUGGUGAUCGGCCGGCCUUCUCCGAGGGAACCAAGAUGGCGGCCGCGAGGCUCGCCCUGGGCCUCCUCUGGGCCGCCGCCCUCGAGGGGGUGCUGACCAACUCCCUCAGCAGGUGCGACGCGCCCCCCUGCUCCUGCGACGACUACGGACGCCUCACCUGCGACUGCAGGGACGAGGGGGAGGAGCUGGUCCUGACGUCGGAGGGCGAGCGGAAGCUGAGUCCGCACACAAGCCGCAUAGUCGUGGGUAACUGCUCGGUGGUGGUGCUGUCCAACUCGAGUCUGACCUCCAUGACGGGUCUACGCUCGGUGGACCUGGUGAACGUGGCGAACUUGAGUCUGGCCCGACAGAGCUUCCAGCUCUCCCCCCGGAGCAGCCGCACGAGGAUCACCAUCCGGAACAGCAGCAUGGACCAGCUUCCGAGCUACGCCUUCCACGGGAACGUGGAGAGGAUCAGCUUCGAGGGGGUGCGAAUCGGCCUGGUGAGCGCCUUCGCGUUCGCCGACCUGGUGGGCACCGAGACCCUCACCCUGGAGAACUGCUACGUGGAGACGAUGGAGGCGCAGGCCUUUAAGAAGUUCGACGUGGACUUUUUCCACGUGAUAGGUGGGAGCUUCGGGGAGGUGGUGCCAAGCAGGGCGUUCAACGACAUCGAGGUCGAGAAGAAGUUCAUGCUGGACGGCGUGGAGAUGGGUACGGUCAGGAGCUCGGCCUUCAUCAUCAAGAAGCCGAAGACUGUGGCCAUCCAGAACUGCGUCUUCGGGAGCGUGGAAAGCGAGGCCUUCGGCAUCACGGCCAGCGGCACCGUGGUCAUCAAGAACAACACCUUCCGUAACCUGGCCGUAGGGGCGUUCCUGGGGAUCCGGGGAGAUCCGGAAAGCAAGGCUCAGUCCGAUUCGCCAUCCGACACCCUCAGCGACCUGAUCUUCAAGGACAACACUCUGGGCAGCUUCGAGGAGGGCUCUGUCAUGUUCGACCGGUCCAGCUUCAAGCCCGAGCUGGACAACGUCUUCGUGGACCAGCCCUGCGACUGCGAGCAGCUCCCUGUCUGGAGGAACAAUAUUCUAAACUAUAGUAACGUGUACUCCAGGCUCUAUGGGGGAGGAGCGCUCCUCCAGGAGCCCAUCAACGACGAGCCGGAGACGUUCCUCUGCGUGGAUGCCGGGGACCAGGACACCCCGGUGUCCUUUGCGGAUUUCGAGCCCCGCCAUUGCGCCAUAGCCGGCUCGGUCCUCUUCUUCGUCCUCCUCCUGGCCGGCCUCCUGGUGGUCCUCGUCGCAGCGGCCGUCCUCGGGGUCUGGUGCUGGCGACGAAGGAGGGAGAACAGCCGCAAAAGGUGGAUCAGCGUUCCCACCAAUGCCCCGGAUGUGGUCUCCAAGAAGAACGGAGUGAUAGGCAGAGAGCCCGCCCCCGUGGACAGCAGGAUCACCAUGGUAGUCCCCGAUGGUCGCCUCUAUCGAGAGACCGAGUUCCACGUCAUCGUCGAGAAGGCCGAGCCCCUCACCACGGAGUUGUAACGACGACCUUGCUGCUCCUCGUCCACGGGAGCAUCCACGAGGCUCGCGUCGUCCUUGUCCUCCGACGAAGACGAUGCCGAGCUGGUCCAAGGGUCCAGAGCCGUGCGUGUCUACAGACUCUGAGAGAUCUUCGUCUUCGUCUUCAUCUUCGAUAUCCUGUGGGUCCUGGAACUGCCCUCGAGGGACUCGUGCUGACGAGGACCGGUCAAUUUACGGGACCCUUGGCGACGACUCCUCUUCAAGGAUCAAGUGUAGUGCGGGAACUCGGACCGAGACGAGGAACCCGAAGAGUGGAGGAAUCGUGGAACGUUUAAGUGGUGUCGGUGAUCCUGGAUCCCGACGACCCCGAAGACACCCAACCCCGGGUGCGAAGACUAUGGUCCGGGCGGACUUUGAGAGUUUCGAGAGCUCCAAGGACUCCAGGGAAAGUUUGCCGGGAGACCCGAGUUCCUUAGGCAUAUCCUGACCGUCGUGUCGCGCGAAAGACAGGAGUUAAGGAUUAUUAAAUUCCGAAGGAGAAUCGUCGACUGUUAAAACCGUACGCGAGAGAGGUCUCUCUCUCUGCCUCGCCUCUUCGAGGACGAAGGGAUUAGAGUUAGGGAUUUAGGCUAGAGAGAGGGAGGAUUUCCGCUCCCCGUCCCGGGGGAGAACGGCUCUUCCUUACAGGACAUCCUGAGUAUUCUAGGGCUCUAAGGAUAAUAUCCGAAAUGACUUCAAUAAAUAAAAACGGUGUUUUUAUGGACGAUCGUGCGGGGCCCGUCACUCUGGGGGAACUUCUUCACCCCAUUAAGCUGGUUCCGGAGAUAAGCUUCCUCGAUGACGCGUCUUAUCACCUGCCGUUCCUUUGACAUAUCAAAAGCGUCCCUUCCGGGCCUGAACUUCCAAUCGAUCCUUACGGAAACUCGGGAGAACCGGGCGAGUACCCGAAGGAGAAGCAACGGACUCGGGGAAAGAGGCAAAUCUAUCGUAUCGUUUCUCCCAUACCAAAGGCACUAUCCCGCGAAUCCCAUGGGAAUACGGUUUAUCUCCACUUCUAUCUCUCCUGGCGAUCCCUCGACCUGGAUUUCCCAAUUCCCUCUUUUUGAUACCCUAUCGCGAUGGCCUCGUUUCGCGGAGGCACCUCGCUCGAGCCUUCCCCCAGAUCCAAUGGCCGAAUUAAUUUGGUAAUUUUUUAAUCGUCUAAUCUUGAGAUAAUAGUCCAGUCCGAACGAACCUAACGAUCUCCUGAAAUCGAACCGACCGAUCGGGAUAAUUCAGUUCCUAGUCAUCGCGAUAAAUUUCGAGGAAUUCUGACAGUCGCUGAUCCUGGGACGAUCGAAAAGAUCGUUUCUGUGCGAGACCUCUCCUAUCCUCUACUGAAAUCCGAUUCCUGAGUUCAACUAUCAAUUUUGAGGAACUCUGAAAAUCGCAGAUCUUGGGAUGAUCGAAAAGACGAUCUCUGUGCGAGACAACUUUCCCAUGCGAUAUUAACAGUUUCCUAUAAGUCUUUCAAAUGUUGCCCAGUCCCAGAUAGAAAUUCAUGAACAUCAUGCAACGAGGAAAAUCGAUUUAAAAAAACUGUUUGCAGACCAUCUGCUGCAUUAAAUGUCUGCAAUAUAUGUACGCAUAUUGCACAAUAAAUUUGAAGAAAAAUUCCCGAUAAAUUUGUCAUAAAUGGGAUGAUCGAAAAGACCGUCUCGGGGCGAGACCUCUCCUAUCCUGACACUGAAAUUCGAAUCUCAAGUUCAUACUAUCAAUUUUGAGGAAUUCUGAAAAUCGGAGAUCCGGGAAUGAUCAAAAAGAUGAUCUCGGUACCUCUCCUAUCCUGAUACUGAAAUUCAAAUCUCGAGUUCAUACUAUCAAUUUUGAGGAAUUCUGAAAAUCGCAGAUCCUGGGAUGAUCGAAAAGACCGUUUCUGUCUGAGACCUCUCCUAUCCUACGAUCAAUCCUUAUGAUCAUAUCCUGCGAUGUCCUAUCCUACGAUCUACUAUCUUACGAUCCAUACGAUCAAUUUCGAAGAAUUCUGAAAAUCGCAGAUCCUGGGAUGAUCGAAAAGACCGGUUCUGUACAAGACCUCUCCUAUCCUGACGCUGAAAUUCGAAUCUCGAGUUCAUACUAUCAAUUUUGAGGAAUUCUGAAAAUCGCAGAUUCUGGAAUGAUCAAAAAGACGAUCUCGGUACAAGACCUUACCUACCCUGAUACUGAAAUUCGAAUGUCGAGUUCACACUAUCAAUUUUGAGGAAUUCUGAAAAUCGCAUAUCCUGGGAUGAUCGAAAAGACCGUUUCUGUCUGAGACCUCUCCUAUCCUGCGAUCAAUCCUUAUGAUCAUAUCCUGCAAUGUCCUAUCCUACGAUCGAACGAACGUUUCCUGUCUUAAUGGACCCAGAGGAGGAUGUCCUCCACCUGAUACGAAGAGCGACGAUCGUCCUUCGAUCGAUCGCACUGUACCUGUCGACCUCGAAAGACUUCCUAGACUCCGGUGAUACGAAAUGAACAAACCCUGAGUCGAAACUUCAGCCCUACUUUGAACCUCUGUAACCUAAAUAAGACCUUUUGGCUCCAUUGAGAGACUCGGUAGAGUUUCGCGCCAAACAUGUAUACAUAUAGGCACAAAACACUGACCUAGUCAUUAUCUGCGAUAACAGCCUGGCACAUCAAACUGGACAAUGAAUGUCCUUUUCUGAGACUCUAAUGAGUAAUGUCAACUUUAACCAGGUUAUCGAGAUCGGACUAUUUUUCUGCGUUUUUUGUUUUUUUUUUGUUUUUGCGAGCUAUGAACGAAAUUUCAUUAUUUUUUACCACCUAACAUCCACGGAGAUGUGUUUGUAGAUUCUACGCGACGUGGUUAUCAUAUGGACAAGCAAAUAUUUGAUAAGGUCCCUUGGUUAAUGGAUUCUGAUCGAUUACAAAUAGGUAAUGACAAACAUUUACGUAAUUUCGGACACUCAACUCGGGUCGGAGAUGAUUGGCUUGACGGGAGAAAUAUUGUUUUCUAAAAUUAACAAAACGAUUUAACUAACUACGUUGGUGGAUUGAGGUAGAGUUCGGUCAAGUGGAUAAAAUUCGGCUCACUCGACGGAAACGUUUUCUGAAAUUAACCAGAUGCAGUCAAUUAAGCGAUUUUGUCAAGUGAACCAAUUUUUUUUUUCUUUUUUUUUUUCCCCAUCAAUUAAGUUCUACUUUCGCUCUACAAAUAGAAGAAACGGAAAUACCUGCCACUUUUAACCCUCCAUAACGCCAUACGACUCGUAUACCGACAUUUAAUAAGUCUUGUUUGACUUUUCGGGCAAAACUUAACAUAGCUUUUUAUUAUUGCAUUUCACCUUCGUAAUCUGUUUUAACCCUUUGGCUCUUAAGAGCGCCUAACGGCGGCCGACGUUUGGUCCAAUAUUGCCUGCCCGGUCAGACGAAUUUCGCCCAUAUGUCGAAAUAGCUCCAUGUACAAAGGGUUAAAAACAAUCUCUGAGAAUCUCUCGACGCAAAACGUUCACCAUUUAUUUUCUAAUAGUAAAAUAUGAUAAAUUAAUCCAAUUCUGAUUUUUCUUCCCCCUGUUUUAACCCUUUGGCUCUUAAGAGUGCCUAAAGACGGCCGACGUUGGUCCAAUAUUGCCUGUCCGGUCAAACGAAUUUCGCCCAUAUGUCGAAAUGGCUCCGUGUUCAAAGGGUUAAGGCCUAUAAUAGGUUCGAAGUAGCGUGAAAAAUUCGACUCGAGGUGCCUCUCGGAAGCGUCAAUCCAGAGGUUCAAUUAAUUAUUAAUCACCGACCCGAGCGCAUCUUCUCGGGCCGGGUUGGCCAAGGUCAGGGUCACGAUAUAUCAGACCUUGGGGCCAACUUCGGAACCGCGAGUAUCACGUUCGGCGACGACCCCGUUUUCUAAACGAGCGUUUAGUUGUAAUUAUCGUGACUGUGAUAUAAUCGACAGCCGACUGUAUAAUUAGUAUCACAUUCGGAGAACGCCGCCGUGGCGACGA